CUACGGAGAUCAGAUCAGCACCGACGAGGUGGUGAAGGCUGCGGCUGGAAACCCGUUAAAUGGUAAAGAGGUGAUAGAACUACUUCUCGACGGCUACGGAGACCAGAUCACUAUCACCGACGAGGUAGUAUCUAUUAUUGCU